CAUGCGCCCGGCAAAUUAGAAAUUACGCUUGCGCACUAUCGCACUCCCGUUGUUGUGUACAUAGCGGUUUUCUGUAUUUCUAAAUCUAUCAAAUAUUCCAAAUAUAUCUUACGUUUCUCUUAGUCUCACGUAAUUUUAACUAAAAACACCGAUCGCCUUCGUUCCAUCAAUAUUGUUUUAUUGCUCGUUAAUACGAUGAUUCAUUAAUUCGUGAAGUUCGUAUACUUUCAUAGCGCCGAAUUUGCAAUUGUUUCGACUAGCAUUGAGAAGAUAAUUUGUUUAGAAGAGCCACAUCAAUAGUCGUCAAUGAGAAGUGGGGCGUUAGCGGCUAUGGAGGCGCAGCCUGACCUCAGCACCUUCGAGAACAAGAGCGGGCUGGCGGAGGACAUGAAGUUCCUGGCGUCGAUGCCUGAGCUCUGUGACGUCACCUUCCUGGUGGGAGACACCAGGGAGCCCGUUUGUGCUGUGAAAGCGGUCCUGGCGGCAAGGAGCAGAGUCUUCCAAAAAAUGCUAUAUCAAGCUCCAAGUCCUCAGAGAAAGAAGGAACCAGGACCAAGAGAGAACAAGCUAAGAUUAUUCUUGAAACGUUCCUCGGAGCCUCUUCUGAAUCUACAAAAUGCAGCACAGCAGAGAUCAAGUUUCGCGCAGCAAUUGGCACCUAUACAAGAGCCUUCUGCUCAGCAACAUCAGACCUUAAUAAUCGAAGAAUUUGAACCGGACGUUUUUCGUCAACUAAUCGAGUAUAUCCAUACCGGAUGUGUUACUCUUCAACCAAGAACUCUUCUGGGAGUUAUGAAUGCGGCUGAUUACUACGGCUUGGAUGAGCUGCGACGAGCUUGCGCUGGUUUCGUACAGUGCUGUAUCACCGUGGAUACUGUAUGCGCAUUACUAGCUUCGGCCGAGCGUUACAUACAAUAUAAGUGCACGAAGUCGCUGGUCCAGAAGGUUCUAGAAUUCGUCGAUGAGCAUGGCAAUGAGGUAUUAAACUUGGGAUCCUUCACGCUUCUUCCUCAACAUGUUGUCAGAUUGAUCCUAGCAAGAGAUGAACUCCGAGCGGAUGAAUUCACCAAAUUUCAGGCAUCACUUAUGUGGGGCAAAAAAUUUUGCGACACGAACCAAAACACAUCAUUGAAAGACGUCAUUGGGAAUUUCUUGGAAUACAUACAGUUCCAUAGAAUUCCAGCGAAUGUUCUCAUGAGGGAAGUGCAUCCGCUGGGCUUGGUACCGUAUUCCAUUAUCAUGAACGCUUUGGCGUAUCAGGCAGACCCCGCUAGCGUAGAUCCAGGGAAACUGUCUCCAGCGAGAAUUCGACGAGCCGGCCGGUCGAUGUCUGUGCAGUCGUCAAUGGAUCCCUACGGGUCCAACACCACCCUCUCCUCCACCGGCUCGAGCGAUGUUCCGUCUUCAGACUCUCGGCACAACUAACGCGAGGCGAACCUCCCCCGUCCCGCGCCCGAUCCCGUCCCUGGACCUUCCACUGCUCCUCACAUUCCUCCACCCACUCCUUUACCGGCGCCGGAAAAAAUGCCGGAGAAAUUUGGACUAUUCUCCUCUAUAAAGCGCGCAGCUAGUAAAAAGUUCGGUGAUCGUCGUUCACCAACGCCGAAAACUCGAGAGCCACGCUCCAAGUCGGACUCUAUUAAGCAUGCCGCGUUAACGAGACAAGUGUCGGAAACUGUAGGUGCGUCCGGCGAUGCGACUUUCGAACGAUGCCGGCCAAAAAAGCGCGAUAGUGAUACAGAAUUUCCUGUACGUAAGUCUACGUCUGAACUAUCGGAAAGUUUUCCGUUCGUGAGACGUGCUUUAGCUGAAAUCGAAAACGGACUAAAUUACUUCAGGAGAUCAAUUACAUCCGAUAGUACUGAAUCUAAGCAACCAUUAGCUAGGACGGAGCCAGUAGUCGUGGUUGCAGCUGCCGAAGAUGACACUCCAGCUUCGCCACCUCCUCCAAUGGGAUUAAAAGAGCGUCGCGGUUCAAGAGGCUCUCCGUGUGCCAAUCUUCCACCAUUGAUGUUACCUCCGAGCUCACCAGAUCCUUCGCCAGGUCGUUUGUCACCGAAUCGUUUGUCUCCACAGAGGCCAAAGGAGCCCUUAUCGGCACCUAUUGCUCGCAACCCACCGAGACGUGUGAGAACCCGUUCGGAAGUUCCUCCUGAACCACCACCGCGAUCUCCACCGACACCCAGACCAGCAUCGGUGUCUCCAAAACACACGUUCACUUUCAAGAUAGUACUUAAAAAAGUAGAAAGUACACCGAAUACUUCGUUCGAUAAACCCGAACAAUGAGAGUACCUCCUCUAAGCGCGGCCGUUGUAAUGCGGUGGAGUACUCGAGGUAUAUAACGCGCUUUCUCCAUUUUAUAGAAAAGCUAGUAUAUUAUAUUAUAUAGUUAGCACCGAAUGGAGUACAUAUAUCCUGAUAUAUAUUGAAUGGAUUACCGAAUGUUUUUUGUCGUAUUCUGAUGAAUACAAGGGCUGGAUCCCUUUAAAUAGUGUGUAUAUCGAUAUAGUUUGUCAAGUGAGCAAAUGAUGUCGUUGAUGUUUGAUUAAAUAAAUUACUUAUUACUUAAGUGAUGUGGCGUUACACUGUUACUGGUUUCCCAAAACGUGAGAAUCCUUCCCUUAUCUUAUUCUAUAAGCUUCACAACUUAAAAUGAAAGUAAAUAUUUCGUUUGAUAUGUGCCUCCUACUGUAUUACUGUGUAUUUUAUUAAUCUUACUCAUGUAAAUUAAUAUCAUAUUCAAAUCCUAAUCUUAAAUGUAAUUUUGAUACAGUAGGUGAAAAGUGAACAGUUUGUUUAAAUGUAUUUUGGAUGUUAUACAAGUUGUUCAAUGUGAAAGUAUUUUUGUAAAAUUAUAUUUAACGAAGAUGCUUUGUAGUUUUUCAGUAACAAUGUUUUCCUAUUUGGUAAUAAUUGCAUAAUUCGUCUUCUCGCAUUAAGAAUGUAUAAUCUGAAAACUUACUAAAUUUUACAGGAGAGCAAAGGCUUAACAUAUUUUUAACAUAUUUUUAAUAUCAAUUAUCUUUGCAACAUUUAUUUUUUAAUUUUUACCAGUUACAUUAUCUGUCUUUUAAAAUAAGAUAAAAUUAUGUAUUAAUUUUGUUAAUAGUAGUCACAAAAUAGGUAAACAAAAAAAAUUAAAACUAAACUACGCUCUUUUGACAUUGUAUUUGUGAGAAAAAUACUGGUGAUACCAAAUGAUUCCGCAUAUUAACUCGAUUUCGAAUAUUUUUGGAAAUUUUACACUUUUAAUGCGAAAAGACGAAUUGCUAACAGCGAGACGCUUCCACUAGGUUCCAAUAAAAAUCAUAUUGGUAUUUUAGACAUUUGUAUUACCCAUUUCAUUCAGAUGAGGAAUCAUUGUUAUUGAAGGCAUCUUCGAACCCCUAACCCACAUUAUCUGUUGUGAUGUGCGUGUGUUGAAAUGUGUAUGGUUAUAUAAUUAAGGUUUCUACGAUGUUUAUAUUCAUAAAUGUAUUUUAAAAGACUAUUUUCAUACUAUGUCGAAUGUUGUGUGUUGCGUUGUUGUUAAUUACUUAUUGAUUUUACGACUUUUAUAUGUCGAUUAUAUUAAUUGGUCAACACAUCUCAAUUACUUUUGAAAAAUUUUAGUCAUGUCAAAUUUUUUUACAAAUGCUGUCAGGAUUAUUGUUCACAGGAAAUUCCUUCAUAAUGCCACCAUAUACCUAUUUAUUUCAAUUCAUAUUGAAAUCCGAACGGAAUUUCAUUGAAUUUUAAAUAAUUUUUUACACUUAUUAGUCCUAUCUAAUUAAGGUCCCCUUUGAAUUAAAGCCAAUGAAAUUGUAAGAAAAAAAUCCUAAUCUACAUCGAAGUGAGUAUGAGAAUGGUCAUAGUAUUUAAAUAUCAAUCAUAAUUUGUAGUAUGUAACUUCUUCAUGAUGUUUUUUGUAUAUUAUAAUGUUUGCUAGUAUUAUUAUAAUAAUAGUCUUCGAGUUUUUUAAGUGUAUCUUUUUCUCUAAGGGUCUGUUGUGUAUACGGUUUUUUUUUUGUAAAUGUUAUUAUGUUUCUAAUUAAUUCGGUAUUUCUACACGAAUUGAAUACAAUUGCUGGCGUAACUGAAACUUCAUAAGAUUAAAUUUCUUAAUAUUGU